AUGUUUUCAAUCACAGAUAUUGAGAAGGCAGCAGAACUUAACAAGCAACAAUCAGAGGUUUCAUUUACCACUAACGAUGAAGAAAAAUUGUUUGGUGGUGAAGUAUCUACUCAUGACGAAUCAAUUAAUGAUGAUCAAGACGUUGCCUUAAGGUUUUUGAAACAAAAUCACAUUACUUUUGAUCAAUUGUCUGAAGAUGAUUUGCAAAAUAAUAAUAUUCCUAUUGAUGAAACAAAAGUGAUCUUUUAUGGUUCUCAUAAAACUAAUCUAAAAAUAAUAAGAAAAGUAGACUAUGUAAUCUUACCAUUUUUGUGUCUAACUUAUCUUUUCAUGUUUUUAGAUAAAGCUCUGUUGAAUUAUGCUGCUUCAAUGGGUAUUAAGAGAAAUUUGAAGGGUAACGAAUUUUCUAAUUUAGGUACUAUUUUUUCAGCUGCUUAUAUCUUUAUGGAGCCUGUCGUCACCUAUAUUAUUCAAAGGUAUCCUGUUUCUAAAGUUAUGGGUAUUUUCAUCACAAUUUGGGGAAUAGUUCUUGCCUGUCAUUCCGCAUGCAAAACAUACGCUUCUUUGAUGAUUGUAAGAACUUUAUUAGGUUUUUUUGAGGCCUCCUCUGCUGUCGGUUGUAUCACAAUCAGUGGCAUGUACUAUACUAAAUCAGAACAGAGUGCAAGAAUUGGUUUUUGGGCUACACAAGCAGGCACUGGUUAUGUUGUUGGCGGAUUGAUAUCUUUUGGAUUUCAACACUAUCAUAGUGAACACUUCACGUCUUGGCAAAUCAUGUUUCUUGUUGUCGGAUUAGUCACUGUUGCAUUUGGUCUCUUAACUUUUUUUUAUUUGCCUGAUAACGUAACAAACGCAUGGUUUUUAACACAGGAGGAGAAAUUGGAAGUUGUGGGACAUAUUAGAGCUAACCAAACCGGAUUGGAGACUAAGAAGUUUAAAAAACACCAAAUCAAAGAAUUAUUUUUUAAGGAUAAGUUAACUUGGUCAAUGCUUUUACUAACUGCAUGUUCUCAAAUAAGUACUGGUGCUAUUGGUACAUUUUCUGUUACAAUUACAAGUACUUUUGGUUUUGAUGGUUAUAGGUCCGCUUUAUUACAAUUGCCAAUUGGUGGCUUAGUCGCCUUAAUCAUCAUCAUCACUACCCAGAUGAUCUCCAAAUGGGGUCAAUUGACACUGAUCACUACAUUGAUGUAUAUCCCAGCAGUUAUUGGUGCUAUUGUUUUGAUUACUUUACCAUUAUCACAUUCCGUUGGCAAUCUAUUAGGGUUAUAUCUAAUUUACAGUGGUUCAUGUGUCAUCACUAAUAUUUAUAUCUGGAAUUCAUGUAAUACCUCGGGUUACACAAAAAGAAUCUUUAGAAAUGCUGUUACUAUGGUUGUGUACAACAUUUCAUGUAUUGUGGCACCUCAAAUGUUUAGAGUUAAAGAUGCACCAAUGUAUAUGCCAGCUAAGAUUACGCUGUUAGUUACACAAGCAGUUUGUAUCCCAUUGCAGUUAUUUGUUGGUUACUUAUGUCAUAAAGAAAAUACUAAAAGAGAUAAGGAACAAGCAGGUAGAAAUAUUGAGAAAUACAAAUUCGCUGAUUUGACUGAUAUUGAAAAUAGAAGUUUUAGGUAUAUUGUCUAA